GUUUCAGUUUAUUAUAAUAACAGUCGGGUUGUUCAAACCAAGCUGUAAGUUGUUUUGAUGCCAUUAAAUUUAAUUAUCCCUCUUUAAAAUUAUACGGAAUCCUUCGGCAGUAUUACAGUUUAUAGGCAGUUCAGGUGUAUACAGAAUGCAUCGUUGAUAUGUUUCGUUAUUCAAAUGAGAACUAUUAAAGGAAACUAAAGCCUAUUAACUGUAGCAACCUCGAACUUUAACGACUUUUCCUCCCAAGGGUGACGCCUGGUUAUCAGGCUCGCAGUACGUAGGCUAUAUAGCAACUGAUGGGGUAACCAACGGUAGUCUUCUGCCUUAACACGGUGACAGGUAGCAGUUACAUUUCCAUGAGCUGUGAAGUUGUGAAAUAGGAGCAGGGAUGCAGUCUAUAUCGAAACUAUUACUGUUGAUAUCAGCAAUUUGUGUUGUAACGGUCUUCAGUUGUAAGGGCAGUCAAAGUGGAUCGAAUGCCGUUCAGAAUUCAAGGGAUAAACCUUCGCCAGUACUGAUAGUCCCUCUCAAUCAAGGACUUCCCUCCCCAAAGAAGCACUACAGAAAAAAGAGGUACGCUGAUGACGACGAUGAUGACAAAGCCGAAGAGAUCCGUGACAGGGUAACUAAGAGAUUUGGCUGAGGUGAAGACUCGCUUAUAUCUAAC